AUGGCUUCCUAUGACAGCGAAGCAGAACAGCCCCCGGAGAUCGUGCAGCAAUACAAAGCAGCCAUCGAAGCUGCUAAGAGAGCUGACAACUCUGAGUUCGAGAGAAUUGGCCUUGCGCGGGACUUGGGGAAGGAUAUUGAUGGCAGGGCAGUGCUCCUUUUUGUCCCUUGCAUGAUCUCUACCCCUGGGGUCUCGUUGGAAAAGGCACUGAACUACUGCCUUCUGAGACUGACAGAGACGGGAGAGUCCCCAUUCGUUCUCAUAUUUGCUGAAUCCUUGGCCUCCUGGAUUGGUGGGGGUACGCUUCAGUUUAUUAGUGACUGUUUUAGCCUGAUCCCUAAUCCUUGCAAGAAAAAUCUGCAGCAGAUUUUCAUAGUGCAUCCUACCGCGGGAUCCCAAGGCCUCUUCUCUGUCAUAUCUUCCAUCUACUCGGGCAGCUUCCCGAAAAAAGUUGUUUGGGUCGAGCGCCUUAUCGAUGUCCUCAAGACACUACAAAUGCCCGUAUCUGCUGCACUGAAGCUGUUCCCCUACCCAGUGCAGGUAGAAGAGGAACGUCGAGUGUCUCCUAACUCAGUGCUCACGAUUUUUGGGACGCCACUAGGCGUCUUAGCAGCGCGAACAGGGGUUAGGGUUUCUUCUAGCCUAGCUUGUGUGCCCUACAUACUCACAGAGUUUCGUCACUACCUCCUGAAGGCCCCCAACGUAACCACCAAGGACUUGCUGCUCCUGCAGGGAGAGUGUCAAAGUCUUUAUGCCUUUGUGGGUGACAUCGAUUAUGGAGACCCACGGGCAGACUGGACAGAUACUCCAGUUGUCGCCUCUUGCUUUAGAUUGCUUCUUGAGGGACUCGAAAGACCGUUGUUCGGGAGUGGCGCCUUUGAGAAUAUGGCAUCGGCUGGAACUGCCGGGGGAGGCAAAGACCGUCUGGUGACAGAAAUGAAAACAUCAAAUUUUGACCUUUGGUUUGUGAAUGCAGUACAUUUUGCUCUUCCUAAAAGAAAUAGCAAGUCAUGCCACACAAAACCAGGUGGGAAUAUGCUGAGCGCUGAAGCCCCAGGUUUAGAACCGAGAUCUUUUGAUUGUUAUCCUAUUACUGGAGUGCCCGAGGCAAAUCUUGGACAUUCAUGGAGAAGAGAGAGACACAUAUGGAGUAGCGGCAAUGCAUGGGUGUGCAUUGAGGCCCUGACCCUUGCGAUCACCAAUCCCAAUCUGGUACACGAGGGAUAUUCCCUGGUGGAUUCCGGAGAAUCAUCAUCUGAGGAGAGUUCUUCAGAGGAAGAGUCAGAAGAGAGCAGCAGUAGUGACGACGCACCAGCAAAGCAAAAUGUUCCCACAAAACCACAGCUAGUAAAAGCAGUGGCUCCAAAAGUCACAGCCUCUCCCGCCGCAUCUGCAGCAAAGAAAACAGCACCAUUAAAAAAACGAAAGUCCUCGUCCUCUUCGUCAGAAGCGGAAUCAAAAGACUCUGAGGAUUCAGAUGAUGAUGACGAGGAGGAAGAGGAGGAGGAAGAAGAAGACACCCCUGACGGGGAUAUAGCAGACAAUUUAAAGUCAGAUGAUGCGUUACCACUCAUGUUGCUAUUGUCGUCUGAACUCUGUGGAAGAACCUCAAGUCUCGAUUUUCAUGCCGUAGAGAGAAGCCUCCCAACAAUGCAUCUGCGUCUAUUACGGGAAAUAGUGUCAGCUGUUUUGGAACUACAAGCAAAUGAAAAAAGGCAAAAACUUGGAAUAGCCGGAUCGAACCCAGCGCAAGCAGGCUGUUUUGCCGGCAGAGGAAUGCAUCAAGGACACGGAAAGCCGUCAAGCCGCUGCUCUCCUCACGGGUGGCCUUCUCAGUCUACACCCGCCACCAGAGCUCUGCUCGCAGCCGAGCUUCUCUCUGGGUCCAUGGAUCCUUACUCUACUUCUACCGGCGCUCCCCUAGGCCUUGGGGGACGUGGCCACCAGUCCACCUUAAGCACGCCGACAAACCACAGCGGUGGGGCUUCUAUGGGGCCCCCGCUCUCCUAUGGAGUGCCCAACUACCCAUCAGGGGGCCCUCCAGGGGGACUCAUGGGGAACGGAGGCCUCAGCGCAACAGAAAAUCCGCUUCAUGGUUCCAUCGGCAUGAAGAGCUUCCAAGCGGGGGUGUCCGACGUAUCUGGUGUCGGGGGAAGCCCUUCGGGUGGACCCCUGUACACUUCGAGCACGAAGUACAUACCGGGUACGCGUGGCUCUCCCAAAUGCCCCUUCCCUGAGAGUGCCAGUGAUAACUGGGGUAAACACAAUACAGAGGCUUGCCAAUCCUGCUCAUAUGGCCUUCCCCUGUAUGAGCUUCUGGUGGGACCCCGGUGCGCGCCCGGAUACAGAGGUGUCCGUACACCACAAUCAGUGAAACAGGGCCUCUUACACAAAAGUUCUGCGGCGGGCACAUUCCCCCCCUCCCUUUUUGUGUUCGCUUCUCGAUUCCCUGCCUGGCAAAAUUUAAGUUCCUUUCUUGCCGCCUACUCUUGCUGCUGCUCUUUGCUCGUCGCUUGA